AUGAUAUUUCUAAUAUUAAUACUCAUCCAAAUACUAUUUGCAUUUAAGAAGCUCAAUAUUAACCAUCCUCAUAGUACCCUUUAUAAAAAUUACAUCAUCUUCAAUCAAUAUGAUGAUAUUGCAUAUUCCCAUCUCUAGAACCAAACUCAAUACUCCAUUAUUUCUUAAAACAAGACAGAUUUCUGUCUCCAAAAUCAUUUUCUUGCUGUAUGGAAUCGAGAUCUUAUUAUUGUAUACACUCUUUAUGAAAAUUAGAAUGAAACUACUAUUAGAAAGGCAGAAUCGAUGAAUAUUAAAAAUGAAGAUUUCACUAAUAUAACUAUAACUUCCUCUUACUUUGUUGCUCAGUAUCAGAAUGAAUCCUUAUAUGUCUUUAAUAUAUUGACUCAAAAAGUGAAAAUACUAAAUUCGACUUUUGUGGAACCAAAAAAUAAAUCUCAUUAAUCCAUAGUUGUAUAUCAUUAUGAUUCAAACCUAACAUUCACCUAUUUCGAUGCAGACAAUAAAUAUCAUAUCAUUUAUUUAAGUGAACACAUCAACUAAUUAGAUCAGAAGGUCUUAUUUAGCACUCAAAAUGGGGUAUUUUCAACUCAAUAUUGGAAUAAUGGAACUGCUGUUUUUAUGAAUUCUGAUUCGAUCAAUUAUACUCUACCUACUAAGGUUUUGUCUUGGUAUCGUGAUGAUACGAAAAUUAAGAUUAAAUAUUUAUUUUCCAUUUAAGAUGCUUAUGUAUUUGCUAUAUUCACAAAUAAAGGAAUUUGCUAUUAAUAUUACAGCAAGAGUCUUUAAAUCAAAUAUCAAAACAUUCUGUGUAUGAAAAUGGAGGAUGAAUUUUAUUAGAUCCAAGACGUUAAUUUCAAAUAUAGACUCUAAAUUCUACUAAAACACAAUUAAACAGAUGAAUUGGCAAUAGAUUACUAUAAUCAAUGUCUUUUAUUUUCAACUAUUCCGAUUGAAAAUUCAUGUUCUUUAUGUUUGAAUGAAAACUGUUUGAAUGAAUGUCAUAAUAUUAAAUCUUAUUAAUGCAAUGAGAAUUAUAGAAUCAGAGCUAGUUUGCCCUUCCUACUUAUAAGCAUUUGCAUAAUUUUUAUAUUUGUUUCAUUCAUUCUUCAGAUUUGUAAAGUCUUAACAAUCUUUAUAUAAUUGUUUUGCCUCUUUAUUUGUUCACUUUUUGGUAGAGUGCCUAAAAUCAUUAUGCUUAAGUUUAGACGCCUUAAAAGGAAAUUGCGCCACAGAAUGCUUCCUUUGCCAUUGUCUAACCCAUAAACUUGUCCUAUUUGUUUGGGAGAUGUCCUUGAUGCAACAUUCUUUCCAUGUAACAGACAUGCAGCUUGUUUUGAUUGCUUCACAUAAUAUGAAGCUACUUAGGGGAAUCAAUAGAUAAAAUGUCCUUACAGGGAUGAAUGA